AUGGAAGCCAUAGAAUCAAAUAUUAAUGUUUGGUAUAUAACAGGAUGCACAAGCGGAUUUGGUCUAUCUCUUGUAGAGGAGCUAUUAAAGAAUCCUUUGAAUAGAGUCACUGGUACAAGUAGAGACAUUAAAAAGAUUGAACAGUUAUCGGACACCAUCACAAAAAAUUCAAACUUCCUUGGUAUUCAAGUAGAUAUUUUAAGUGAGGAUAAUAUCAAAGAGUCAAUUGAAAAGACAAUCAAACUCUUUGGUAAUCUUACACACAUAGUCAAUAAUGCAGGUAGCUCCAAUAUUGGUUCGUUAGAGGAAUCAUCAGAAAAUGACUUUAAAACUUAUUUUGAAGUUUUGUAUUUCUAUCCAGUAAGAGUUAUCAGAGCUGCUUUACCAUGGAUGCGUCAACAAAAACAAGGCUAUAUCUUUAAUGUUAGCUCGGCUUUGGCAUACAACUCUCUUCCACGUUAUGGUAUUUAUUCAGGUGCAAAGUCUGCAUUAGCCAGCACAACUCAAUCACUAGCAUUAGAUGUUAAACCAUUUAACAUUAAAGUUUCGACAAUUGUAUUGGGUUAUUUUAAAACAAACUUUACUAAUCAACAUGUUGAAAAUCAAAUUGAAGAAUAUGACACCAAAAAUUUUUGGAAUACUUAUAUGGGACCACUUUUUGCAACUAUGGUUCCAGGUGAUGUCAAAAAACUAUCUACCAUUUUAGUUGAUCAUUACGCCAAGCAAAAUGACCUACCAAACAACCUUUAUUUCGGCACCAAUGAUACAUUUUCAUUUUUAGAUGCAAGAUUCAAAGAACUUGGUGCCCAACUUUUAUCACAAAAAGAUUUAAAUUCACAAGUUUAG